AUGGCAGAAGGUGAAGAGGACUUCUCUGCCUUGCCGCUUCCCGACCGGUUCGCUCAUAAGAACUGGAAAGUCCGAAAGGAAGGAUAUGAAGACGCAAAAGCACAAUUUGAAAAGACCCCAGAUGAAUCAGACCCGGUGUUUCAACCCUUUCUCCUAGACCCCGGUUUGUGGAAAGGGGCGGUUGCAGAUUCUAACGUUGCUGCACAAGUGGAGGGUCUCACAGCAUACUGUGCAUUCUUAAAAUUUGGAGGCGCACAAGCAUGUUCAAGGACACGGAACACGACAGUCGGCCCCAUUGCGGAGAAGGGUCUACCCUGCGCCAGACCAGUCGGUAAAGCCAGCGCCCAAGAAGCCCUAUUAUUAUGCGUCGAACUAGACAAAGCCGACCCGGUUCUCGAAGAUCUUUUGCCUGCCCUUGCACACAAAGUACCCAAGGUGAUCGCUGGUACACUAGCCGCCUUGACCCUUAUUUACCACAACUUUGGAUGCAAGAUUGUGGACCCUAAGCCAACCCUUAAGGCCUUGACAAAGGUCUUUGGACAUGCCGACAAGAACGUGCGUGCCGAGGCUCAAAAUCUCACUGUGGAGUUAUAUCGAUGGCUUCGAGAGGCCAUGAAGCCUCUGUUCUGGGCAGAUUUGAAACCCGUUCAACAACAGGAUCUGGAGAAGCUUUUUGAGAAUGUGAAGCAGGAGGCACCGCCAAAACAAGAAAGAUUCACCCGGGCUCAACAGGAUGCUAUGGCUACAGCUAGUGCGGCACCAUCCGGCGACGGUGUUGAGGAUGAGGGUGGUGAGUUCGGUGAAGAAGAAGAGCCCGAAGUCCUCGACCUUGCAGAGCCUGUGGACGUCUUCCCCAAGGUUCCCAAAGACUUCCAUGAACAACUUGCAUCAUCAAAAUGGAAAGAUCGCAAGGAAGCAUUGGAUGCGCUUUACAAUGUGCUGAAUGUGCCUCGUAUCAAGGACGGCCCCUACGAUGAGAUUGUGAGGGGGUUUGCCAAAUCUAUGAAGGAUGCCAACGUUGCGGUCGUCACAGUAGCUGCCAACUGUGUUGAUCUACUGGCGAGGGGAUUGCGGAGCGCUUUCGCGAAACACAGAUCCACGAUCAUGGUGCCAAUGCUGGAGCGUCUCAAGGAAAAGAAACAAGCGGUUGCCGAUGCUUUGGGCGGUGCACUGGAUGCUGUCUUCAGCUCAACGGAUCUUUCAGAGUGUCUAGAAGAUAUCUUUGAAUAUCUCAAGCAUAAGAACCCGCAGGUGAAGCAGGAGACAGCCAAAUUUUUGAUCCGUUGUCUUCGUACUACUCGUAUUGUUCCAUCCAAAACUGAGAUCAAAUCCAUCGCCGAUGCCGGUACAAAAUUGUUGACAGAGUCAACAGAAGUUAUGCGGUCUGGUGGUGCAGAGAUUCUGGGAACGCUUAUGAAAAUCCUUGGAGAGCGAGCUAUGAAUCCCUACCUGGAUGGACUUGAUGAGAUUCGGAAGACCAAGAUCAAGGAAUAUUUCGAAACUGCGGAGGUUAAGGCCAAGGACCGACCCAAGCCUAUUGUAGCACCGCCCAAGCCAGCCGCCCCGGCUGCUAGGAAGGGUGUGCCCGGCAAGAAGCCCGCUAUGGGACUCAAGAAACCGGCCCCUGCUGCUGCGCCUCCUCCUAUGGAGGAUCCUCCUAAGGCUGCUCCUAAAGGCAUUCCUUCAAAGCUCGGAGGUCUUUCAAAACCGGGUUCAGGUCUCGCUCCUCCAGGCUCGAAGCUACGAAGCAAGCUUGGUGGUCCAGGUGGAUUGGCCUCGCCUCAAAGGCGAGCUGCUCCACCUCCAGCUGAGGAAGAAGCACCCCCUCCAGCUGCGCCCAAGUUCGGCCUUGGUCGUGGUCUAGCAGGUCGUCCUAUUGCAAAGCCAUCAGCAGCCGCUGAAGCAGCCCCUGCCCCAGUAGCGCCAGUCAUUAGUGGUAUCUCUGCCGCGGAACGUGCUGAACUCGAGGAACUUCGUGCAGAGAAAGAAAGGUUUGCUCGUAUAAUCGAAGAUCUGAAAUCCGAGCGUUCUAAGUCCAACAAUGAACUCACCGAGCUUCAAAACCAAAAUGCCCAGCUCAUCGAGGACCACACUCGCGAUGUCUUGAGUAUUAAGGCAAAGGAGACACAACUGGUUCGUGCACGAAGUGACGCGGAGACUGCGGAGGCCAAUGUUCAAAAGCAACAGCGCGAGAUUGAGAGGUUGAAGCGCGAGCUGGCACGGGCUCUUCGUGCAACUGCAAUUAGUCCACCCAACGCCUCGUCUGAUACCGGUAGCAUGGGCAUGCCUGAUGCCUCGUCCAUCUAUCACGAGGCCUCCAGCAACGGAUACCCCUCGGCAUCCCGAUCUGGCCUCCACAUGGGAUCUCGUUUUGAGAGCCCUAGGCCCCGAAGCUACGCCUCCGCUAGCCCGAGUGAGGAGAAAGAGAACAAUGGCCUUGAAUCUCCGGGUCUUAGCAGCAGAGAGAGCGGCCUUGGUCGACGUAAGCUGAGUCCAACAUACGGCUACUCUGGUAUUGGAAGCCCUACUCGCUCGUCUCGAAACUCGACAAAUCCCACAGAUGAGGAACAGCCUCGAUCAGCGGAACCCGCAGAGAAUUGGAAGCGAGCCGCUGAGGUUACCAGUCAGCUCAAGGCAAGAAUUGAACAAAUGAAGGUACGUCUUCAUCGCUCUACUGCCCCAAUGGAUCCCCUUCUCACUCAGUGA